AUGGCGGCGAUGGCAUCUCUCGGCGCCCUGGCGCUGCUCCUGCUCUCCGGCCUGUCCUGCUGCUCAGCAGAGGCGUGCGUGGAGCCCCAGAUCACCCCUUCUUACUACACCACUUCUGACGCCGUGAUUUCCACCGAGACCGUCUUCAUCGUGGAGAUCUCCCUCACGUGCAAGAACAGGGUCCAGAACAUGGCUCUUUACGCUGAUGUCAGUGGAAAACAGUUCCCUGUCACCCGGGGUCAGGACGUGGGGCGGUACCAGGUGUCCUGGAGCCUGGACCACAAGAGCGCUCACGCGGGCACCUACGAGGUCAGGUUCUUUGACGAGGAGUCUUACAGCCUCCUGAGGAAGGCGCAGAGAAAUAAUGAGGACAUUUCCAUCAUCCCGCCCCUGUUCACAGUCAGUGUGGACCAUCGGGGCACUUGGAACGGACCCUGGGUCUCCACGGAGGUGCUGGCCGCAGGCAUUGGCUUAGUGAUCUACUACCUGGCCUUCAGCGCAAAGACCCACAUCCAGGCCUGA